AGCAUAGCAAGACCUUAGACCAGAUAACAGUUCGACCAAUAUUCCAGUAGAAGCAAGUUACCACUAAGACACUAACACCAGCAACAAUGUUGUUAAGGUUGUUAAUCAGCUUAGCGCUGUUCGCAACAGUGUCCUCGACUUCCUUGAUCUCUCUCGAUUUGGGCACUGAAUUCAUGAAGAUAGGAAUUGUAAAGCCUGGAGUACCCAUAGACAUUGUGUUAAACACCGAAACCAAACGCAAAACUCCAAUGACAGUCUACAUUAAGGGUGAUGAACGGUUAUUUGGUGAUACCGCUGUAACCAGGGGAGAAAAAUCACCGAAGAACGCAUACUCUAACCUGUUAGAUCUACUCGGUAAAUCUACAGAUAACCCAGUGGUCACUGAGUAUAAAGAAAGGUUUCCCUAUCAUACGAUAGAAGCUGAUCCAGUGAGAAAUACAGUAGUGUUCCGACACGACGACAAUACAUUUUACAGUGUUGAGGAGUUACUGGCAAUGCAAAUAGAGUUUGCGGUGCUGCUCGCUACAAAACACGGGGAAGCUCCAGUCAGUAAGGUUAUAAUCUGUGUUCCUCCUUUCUUCAAUCAGAAGGAAAGGGAAGCUAUGCUCAAUGUAGCGGAAAUAGCUGGAGUCCAAGUAAUGCAGCUGAUGACAACAACCUCAGCUAUAUCACUGCAAUAUGCAGUCUUCAGAAACAUCAAAAUGACUGAAAAGCCCAUGAUCGUAUUAUUCGCGACCGUAGGAUCUCAGUUUACCACAGCUGCUGUUGUCAGUUACUCCCAAGUCAAGGACAAAGUCACCAAGGAGUUGGUAAAUACUGUACAAGUCAUGGGAGUUGGGUAUGACAGAGGUCUGGGAUCAUAUGAAAUGGAUCUGAGACUGAGGGAGCAUUUAGCUAACAAGUUCACUGAAAAGUAUCCUAAGCUAUCAGACGUGAGGAAAAACGGACGAGCAAUGAAGAAGCUACUGAAAGAAGCUAGAAAAGUAAAAACAGUGCUGAGCGCCAACCACGAUACAUACGCCCAGGUAGAGUCACUGCACCAAGACAAGGACUUCAGAGUCAAGAUCUCCCGGGAAGACAUGGAGAAUCUGUUCGCUGACAUCUUCCCACGUUUCCAAGCACCGUUUUUGGACGCUAUUAACUCAGCUGGGAUCUCAAAACCGGAGAUUGAACAAGUAGUACUGUUCGGUGGCGGUACUAGGAUCCCUAAGAUACAGGAACAGAUACUAAAGGCUACUGAACAGAAAGAGUUGCACAAGUAUAUCAAUACAGACGAAGCAGCAGCUAUGGGCAGUGCCUUUAUGGCGGCCUCUUCCAGCUCUGUCUUCAGAACGAAACAGAUAAAGUUGAGAGACGCCAACCAGUUCCCAUUCUUUGUUUCCUUCAACAAACUUGUUCUCAACGAAGAAGGCGAAGUAACAGAGACUAAACUGGUUAACAAGGAGCUGUAUUACCGUAACAACGGACUCCCCCAGAAGAAAGCCAUGACUUACACCAAGUUUUCUGACGACUUCCACUUUAACGUCAGCUACGGUAACCUGGAUUACCUAUCUGAGAAACAGACCAAUGAGUUUGGUUCUCUACCACUGAUGAUGGUUAACGUUAAGGGAGUUAAAGAUGUGUUCAACCAGCAUCACGACAAAACCGCUAAAGGAAUCAAGGCUCACAUCUUGGUGGACGAGUCAGGCCUAAUCUCGGUUGACUCAGUAGAAGCACUGUUCGAGACCAUUGUGGCUAACAAAACGGAGCCUGGGUGGAUGGAUAGCGUCUCUAAUUUCUUCGGUGGAAACAGUGAUGAGGAAGGUGAAAAGAAGGAAAGUGAGGCUGGAGAAGAAAAGAAAGAAGAUGAGAAGAAAGACGAGGGGGACAAGAAACCCGAGGAAGAGAAGAAACCCGAGGAAGAGAAGAAAACCGAAGAAAAUAAAGAGGAGGUCAAAAAAGAUGCUAAGAAUGAAACUGAAGCUGUUCCGGAGAAGCCUGUUACUAUUAAAGAAAUCCUUAAACUGGAUUCUAUCCAUUUCGGAAUCCCCAUUUUGGCUGACACAAAACCUAGCAAAGAAAAACUAGCAGCCUUGAAGAAGAUAGAUGAUGAUAAACGUGCCCCCGAAAUGGCGAGGAACAGCCUGGAAUCUUUCGUUAUCAACAUGAAGGAUUUGUUAGAGGAUGACGAUGUGUACAUAGCAGCCAGCACACCUAAAGAAAUGGAGAAGAUGAAGGAGGCACUGAGUAAGGAGACAGACUGGCUGGAAGAGGACAGUUGGGGUGAAACUUUCGUGGUGUUUAACGCAAGGUUGGCUACGUUAGAAGAUUACUGUGACCCCGUCAUUAACAGAGUUAAAGAGAUGAAAGCACGUCCUGCCGCCAUCGCUGAUUUGAAGCAAGCGUUCAACCUGACAGAACAGUUCCUGGUAAAGAUAGCGAACACUUCGGAAGAGUUCCGCUACCACACUACCGUCGAGAUGGAGAACUUGGAGAAACUGCUCACCUCUACCAAGGAGUGGCUUGAGACAACUGGAAAAGCACAGGAUGCUUUAUCCAAGAACGUAGAUCCGGUCCUUAAGUCGGAGGUAAUCAAGACAAAGAAGACAGCACUUGAACGGGACUUGUCCUAUCUUGUUAGGAAACCAAUCCCUCAGUGGUACAAAGAUAAACUGGCUAAGAUGAUGGAGGCGCUGAAGAACAGUACCAAGACUGCAGAGGAAGCAAAGAAGAGUACGACUACCGAAGAGGGGAAGAAGGAGGAGAAGACAGAAGAAGGGAAAGCAGAAGAGACAAAACUGGAAGACAAGGAAGAAGCAAAAUCUGAUGAUAAAGCAGACACAAAAUCUGAGGAGAAACCGGUUGAAACCCCGAAAGAAGAAUCCACUGAAGAGAAGACCUCCACUAUUGAGGAUAAGCCCAAAGAAGAAGUUGUUGAAGAGAAGCCUAAAGAAGAAGUUGUAGAAGAAAAGGACGAUAAGGAAAAUAAAGAAGAAUUGUAAUAUAGGACGAUUCUUUAGAAAUUUUAAUUAUUCGGCUUUAAUUGGAAUUUAAAGUUUAUUUAAAUUUGAUGCUGGUUCAUUUACCUAAACUUUGUUUUAUGAAGUUUGCAAGCUGAUAGGUUUUAAAGUUACAAUUUUCCCCGUGGUUCACCUGGCUGAUUCUAACUUUUUCCUAAUAUAUUAUGCAGAAAUUGCCGAAUGUCAGAUGUUUUAUUAGGACAGGAUUCUGUCAAAUUUAGUUCCUUAAUUAAGUCUGGCUCCAAUUUUAUGGGAAGCAUUUUCAGAGUGGCAAUUGGAUUUGAGGUCAUAUUCUAAAACUAGAAAUAUUUGGAUUAUAUUACUAGAAAUGUUUAUUAUAUUGUUCACAUGCUGGAUACAACUGCGUCAGGCAGCCUUUUUGCCCUGUGAUACUCACAUAAUUAUUAUUGUUUGACUUUCAAAGCAUAAUUGAAUAAUUGUUGGGUGCAUUCCAUCGGCGAAUGUAUCCCUACAUUACAGACUAACAUGUCCCAUCCGAAACCCCCAUCUUUACCCUUCAAGCUGUACUCAUGAAUGAUAUUUUGUCUCCAAAAGACCUCCGGCCCCCGUACGUUAUACACUGCCACAUGCUCUCCACAUAACCGAGCAAUUAAAAAGAUAUAAUGAGGACCGUUGGAUCUUUGCAAAUUGAUCUGAGUGAGAUUCCUGGAUAGGUGGAUGACUGUUUUGAGAAUUGGAUUACCAGAUAUUUCGGAGUUAGUGUGUUAUUUAUUUGUAUAUUGUUUUAAUUGACAUAGUUAUAACAUUCUUUUUGAUUUGUUCCCGGAGCCUCUCGCUUGAAAUUUUAUUUCCAAAUUAAUUAAAUGGUUGAUAAUUCAAGUGAUAAAUCAUUACCUCAAUUUGGAUCAAUCUGCGAACGGUGGCUGCGCGGUGCAUCCAGACAGUGCAAACCGCAUGGUAGGCGCGCGCAUCAUGCACGCUUUUCUUUUUGUUCAUAUUUAUGUAAUUUGGGAGCCGCCGCCGCCGCUCUACUGAUUUCUAAGGUCCUAUUUUUUGAAAGUUUAUGAGCUGUUGAACUCUUAUUUUUAGUUGAAAACUUCAUUAUCAAUCAAAGAUUUGUUUAAUUCAAGAUUUAAUAGGUGGUAGAAGUAACCAAUGUUUAAUUUUCACCUAAAAUAUACCAAUAUUAUUGCUAAGCUUACAAAAACUUAGGGAAAAUAAAGGCUACAUAGUGAUUAAUAUCUUAUAUUGCGUUACUGAAAAAGAUACGGUUAAUACCUCGAAAAUUUGAAUUCCAUCAAGCCAGCCACCAUCUUUAAUGUAUCAAACAUGUAUCUGACACAAAUGAGGAGGAAUGUUUGUUUAACAAAAUUUUUUAAUGAUGUGGGAGUGUUAUAAAGUUGUUGUAUUCUAUAAGUGUAUAUUCACCUACAAGCAUAACUGCUUGGCGUGAUGAGGUACAUCUUUGAUCGGUCGAAGGUCUUUCAACAACACAGCAUCAUCACUUUCAUAGUAGUCCCCGGCUUAUGACGGGUUCAUAGCGGUAUUAAACAUGUUUUUCUGGGCCUUUAACAAAAUUACAUUUUGCAAAGUUUACCCAUAUUUUCCAAUUGGCGCCAGUAUAAAUACUAUUAAGGAUAGAUAAUCACAUCCUAGUUAUGCCGCCGCAAUACUGAUUUCUAAGGUCCUAUUUAUUGAAAGUUAAAGAGCUGUUGAACUCUUAUUUUUAGUUGAAAACUUCAUUAUCAAU